AUGGCCUCUUUUUUACACUUACUCCCCUCUAUUCUCCUUGGCCUUUUGUUUCUCUCAACUCCAACUCUCUCUAGGAAUAUUAUUUUUUUGGAAGAUACACCAAUUGCACCUUCUCCUAGUGAUGACACAUCAACCUCAAUUAGCCCAUUAGGUUCCGGAGAAAUUACUAUUACACCAUCUCCUCAAGAUUCACCGGUAGAUGCGCCAGUUAGCCCACCAUCUACUGGAGAAAUUAUUAUUUCACCCUCUCCUCAAGAUUCACCGGUAGAUGCGCCAGUUAGCCCACCAUCUACUGGAGAAAUUAUUAUUUCACCCUCUCCUCAAGAUUCACCGGUAGAUGCGCCAGUUAGCCCACCAUCUACUGGAGAAAUUAUUAUUUCACCCUCUCCUCAAGAUUCACCGGUAGAUGCACCAGUUACCCCACCAUCUACUGGAGAAAUUACUAUUUCACCUUCUCCUCAAGAUUCACCAGUAGAUGCGCCAAUUAGCCCACCAUCUACCGGAGAAAUUACUAUUUCACCCUCUCCUCAAGAUUCACCGGCAGAUGCGCCAAUUAGCCCACCAUCUACCGGAGAAAUUACUAUUUCACCCUCUCCUCAAGAUUCACCGGCAGAUGCGCCAAUUAGCCCACCAUCUACCGGAGAAAUUACUAUUUCACCCUCUCCUCAGGAACAUAAACAUCAUCAUCAUCGUCGUCAUCACCACCACCACCACCACCAUCAUCAUCACCACCAUCACCAUGGUCAUGAAGGCCACCAUCAUGGACAUGAAGAUCAACCAACACCAGCUCCUUCUCCCGAAGUUUCAAGUGAUGAACCGGAAGAUCAAUCAACACCAGCUCCUUCUCCUGAAGUUUCAAGUGAUAAUUUCUCUUUCUUAAUGUUGUAA